CCCACGCCCACCCUCACACUAGCCGCUGCGCCGGACGGAGCAAGCACAGGAAAAUUUGCGUACAUAGCACAGUACAAACUGGCCCCCCUGGUGCGCUUCAGCCUGUCCAACGGCCGUGUCGACUGGAUGAUUAUUAGUAGUAGUCUGGGCGAUUAGUCUGGACGGAGAUUCCCAAUCUGGUGGCCCUGCCCUGCAACCCUUUUUCCCCCCUUCCCAGACAGACCUCAGACGCUCACCACAGCGACAACCCCUCCGCCCCUCCGCCAGAGAAACCUGCCCACCACCAGCCAGGCACGGCGACCUGCACGGUACUCCGUACCUACAUUGACCAGGUCGGUUCGACAAAGUCACAACCGGGUGGGACAUCUGGGCUGCCAGGGCACCCCCGAUCCCUCGACCAGUUGGCAGACAGACGUCCGUCUGUCUGGACUCCAUCUAUACACAGUACACAGUACUCCGUAGCUACACCAGCACCCAGUGUCUGGCAUAUUUCGACUACUGACUGGUCCUACUGGGUCAAGGCCUUACACUCAGAGUCCUCAGUCGCCUACUUACUUACUCUCCUGCUGCCCACCCCCCGCCGGCACGGUCCUGAAUAUCCUCAUUUCGCCGGCUCUGGGUGAGACCGUGAGACUUGUCAGAGCCCCGCGUCAACUCGACUCAUAUUUCCCACCCGUGUCAGCAACCGACCAGGUUUCGCCCUCCCACGCUGCCACCUGCUGCUCCUCCCUACCAGCUAGGGAACCCCUCCCUUCAUAGAGAGUAGCCCAGGUAACAGGUACACUGCGCGUUGGUGAAUCUGCCAGAAUGCCCGAGAACGAGGAGGCCCUGCCAGACUUUGGCGACCAUGUCGACAUGGGCACCUUCUCUCAGAUCUUGGAGAUGGAUGAGGACGAGAGCGAGCGCGAAUUCUCCAAGCCUCUGGUCCUCAACUUCUUCGAGCAGGUUGAGGAGACGUUCGAGAAGAUGGACACUGCCCUUGCCGAGAAGGACCUGAACGAACUGUCCAGCCUCGGCCACUUUUUGAAGGGGUCUUCGGCCACACUUGGCUUCAACAAGGUGCGAGACAGUUGCCAGGUCAUCCAACAGUACGGCCACAAGCAGACUCUCGACGGUACCGACGAGCCCGAUGAGGAAGUCUGCCUCAAAAAGAUCACCGAUGCCCUCAAGACGGUAAAGGUCGAUUUCGCCGAGCUCGAGAAAGAGCUUAAGAUUUUCUUCAAGAGUGGCGAAGAUGAGGAGGCCAGUGAAGAUUGAAGCCUUGACCUAGUCGAAACUCCACCGAAUUCCCAUUUGGCACGUUCGCCCCCAAUAGGCGCGUGACAGCCUCCUGCUUCGCUACAGCAUACCCUCAGGAUGCGUGCUCGUUGGAUUAGCCCCGAGGCCGGAGGCUGACCUCUUUGGCUUGAGUCGACUCAAUGGCCGAGCCCAUUCCCUCUGGACAGCAUCUCUCAGGAUACCAUGGUUUUGUUUCAGAGUCCACUUUCAGCAGAAGUCCCGGUGGGUCCCGCAUCAUGAGACCGCUUGCAUUGAACAUGGCUCAAGUCUUUUACAAACAUUAAUAAGGUGGUGAGGUGUCGGUGGUGUAGUAUCUACCCUGCUUUGAAGGGGUUGUUCUGGGCCAGCCACCAUGCAUGUCUUGUCCUGCGGCCCCCAAUAAGACCAUUAGAAGCACCAAAUAUACCCGACCGGACUGGGGACAUCACAAUUGCGCCGUUCUAUGUGUACCCGUUCUUGCCUUGUUUAUUACUACUCCAGCGCAUGCGACCUGUAGUACCAUUCACAUCACUGGUUUCACAGGUUGAGCAUAAAGUACUGCAAACCCCAAAAGUUAGAUCUGGUGUCUAGAGUAGAUAUCUGGAGGCCGGGAAGGCAGGCAAGAACAGUUUCAAGCAACGGCCUCGGAUUCCACAACUUGCACAUGAGAGGAUGCCAUCAACACGAGGAUGCCAUAUGGUGAGGAAUGCCGAGUCUGGCAGUCAGAGGAAUGAGUGAAACUGCCCCAACCGGAUAUGCUGCCGCCUCACUGGUACCCCGUGCUGAGGCUGCCUUUGCCAAAUGAAACCUAGCCAAAGGCUUUUGUCCCCCGCAAAUUACUUUUGUUUGGGGGAGGAGGCUUCGCAUCCAAGGGCAUAAGAAUUUGCUGUGUGCGCUCACCAUGACGUGUAUACGUCAAGAGUUGUCUCUCGCGAUGCAAUCCUGAAGCCGAGCGGCAGACCUAUAAGAUUCUCCCAGCCACCCGAGGAAUCUUCUUACAAGGGCAGCUAUUCCUAAGUUCACAGCCAGUGGAGUGAGAAGCAUCAGAGUGCCAUCGGAUCGCUUCUUCAAAAUUCAACCUCAGCUUCAACUUCGUAUGCAGCAUCUACUACCGUGCCGUUCUCCUCUACAGGUUUGGCGCUCAUCCUGCAGAUGGCAAUCUUUUCCAGGGGGAAGCCCUCCAGCCAGACCUGGUCUUCGUAGCGAUCCAUGAUGGCCUGACCAUCGCUGACAAAGGUCCGGUCACCCCUCUUUUUCCGGUUCCCCUUGACAUAGAUCGUGUUGACGAUGGUUGCAUGCAGUAAUAAUGGCCGGUCAUCAGGUGCCAGGAGAUUUGCUUCUUUGAACAAGGCUUUGACCUUCUCGGAGAACCCAUGGAGGAGGCCGGUCUGGUCGGCCGGGGGCGCAAAGAGCACGGUAGCCUUGUCGGCCUUCUGGAAGGUAUGCAGGCCCUUGAGCGUGAUCAGCGGCUGUGGCUGUUCACUUGAUACUUCUCCGCCCGAGGACCCGGGCAUCACCGGCGGUUUGACGGUAGAGAUGAUAUCCCGCAGCUUAAGCGACUUCAGCAACUCGACAGCCUUGUCCAGACCCUCGUCCUUUGGGAAGGACAUCAUGCCCAGUGUAAGAUGCAAUGUCCCCACGGGUCGGACCGCGUCAAAGGGCAGUUCAAACCCCCCUAGGGCUUUUGGCCGAGUGACAUCAUCCCGGAAGGAUGCGAUGCUCUGAGACAGCUGCGGUCGAGAUGCUGUCGACACCAGGGGGAUGCACAAGAAGUGAGUCAAGGGAGGUGCUUUUGACGUGUGGGAGGAGGCCAUAUUGAUGCUGCCUUUGAGGAAUCGGCUCAUUGGCCUUGUGGUGAUGUGUUGGAGAGAGCCCGGCUGUGCUAAUGGUUACUGGAGAAAACAAGCAAGAGGAGCUGGUGCGCAUGGCGCUCGCUUCGGCUGCGGCGAGGGUUGUCAGUGACCUCGCCAUGGUAGAUAUAGAUAGACGUUGAGCUGGGGUUGGAUCGGGG